AUGGGUUUUGAGAGUGAUGUAUCUAUGGCUAAUUCUUUGAUAGAUAUGUACUGCAAAUGUGGAGACUUGUUAUAUGCACAUAAACUGUUUGAUAGAAUGCCUGUGAGAGAUGUUGCUUCUUGGACAUCCAUGAUUUGUGGAUAUUGUAACAUGGGGAAGAUCAAAGAAUCUGUUGUUUUAUUUGAGAGGAUGAAGGUGGAAGGAUUCGAGCCAAACAAAUUCACUUGGAAUGCGAUGAUUGCGGGUUAUGCAAGUAGAGGAGAUAGCAAGAGUGCAUUAUUGCUUUUCAAUAGAAUGAGAGGAGAAGGACUAGUACCUGAUUUAGUUACUUGGAAUGCUAUGAUUUCUGGUUUUGCUCAAAGCCAGAAAGCUGCUGAGGCUUUGGAAAUGUUUCGGGAUAUGUUGUUUUCGGGGAUUAGACCUAACCAGGUGACUGUAACUGGGUUACUACCUGCUUGUGGAUUGACUGGUGCUAUUCAUAGAGGUAGAGAAAUUCAUGGGUUGAUUUAUAGGAUGAGUCUUGAUAUUAAUGCCUUCAUUGCUAGUGCUCUUAUUGACAUGUACUCUAAAUGUGGCUCUAUGGAAGCUGCAAGGAAUGUUUUUGAUCUGAUCCCAGUCAAGAAUAUUGCAUCAUGGAACGCCAUGAUUGGAUGUUAUGGGAAGCAUGGCAUGUUCGAUGCUGCAAUGGAGCUCUUUGAGAGAAUGAAGAAAGAAGGAAUUCAACCAAACCAGGUAACUUUAGCUUCUCUUCUCUUCACUUGCAGUCACAGUGGAGAAAUUGAGAAAGGUUUGAGGAUUUUUAAGUCGUUGCAAGAGAAUUACGCGGUGGAGGUAAAUAAAGAGCAUUAUGGAUGUGUUAUCGACAUGCUGUGUCGAUCAGGGAAGAUGGUAGAGGCUUACGAACUGGUUAAGGAAAUGCCAUUUAGAGUCACAGAAUCAAUUAUAGGAGCUUUCUUCCAUGGCUGCAAAAUAUAUGGGAAAAGAGAUUUGGCCAAGAUGAUGGCUGAGGAAAUUCUUGGAAUGGACUUGAAAAAACCAGGAGGGUUUGUGACUCUAUCAAAUAUUUAUGCUGCUGAUGGAGAUUGGAAUGAGGUUCAGAAUGUGAGGAAUGUAAUGAAGAAGAAGAAUGUCAAUAAGAGUCCUGGACUAAGUCUGGUUGAGAAGAGAAAUGAAGGACAUUGA